AUGGCUCAAGAAAACUUCAAGAACAGUUUCCCUAUCGAGGAGAUCGACAACAACUCCUGGAUGACCGGCCAGGUCGUCAUCUCUCGCCAUGCUUCUAAGCCUGAUGGGCCAUGCUGGGAUGAUGGCAAAGGCGCCUUCUUUACCAUCUCCGAGGCCCCGAACCCAAAGCCCCCAACCCGGCCUCUCUCGGAUUCUUGCCCCAUCGUCGAAAUGUCCUGUGGACGCGUCACUUCACUAAUGGGCAUAUUUGAGGUUGGUCACGCCUAUCUGACAAUUCAUGAGAAUGUUGGAACUCCCGAGCACGUCACCCUGGAAUGGCUAGCCGAAAAGACUCUUUCAUUUCAAAUCCCCAAGGUCUACUAUCAUGGAGUCCACAGUGAUCAUUACUAUCUGGUCUACGGCGCUAUUCCCUCCGGACGGAAUGUCUUAUACGCCUGGCCUGAGACCAAGGAUUACGCUACCAUGGUACGAUGGACAAACAAGAUUGCUGACGCCUGCGUGGAGUUAUCCAAGUGGUCUGGCAGCGCUAUCACUGGCAUUGACGGUGGUCUCCUGGUUGAUCAGUAUUUAUUCAAACAAACCACGGAUUACAAGAGCGUCCAUGAUCCUGAGAAUCUUCGCGAAGCCUUUGAAGAAAUUCCGCUGGACUGCUCUGAGCUCGUGUUUACCCUCAACAACGUCCAUCCGCUUGCAUUCACGGUCAAUGAGGAGGGCUUGGUAGGCAUCAGCUCCUGGCGUCAUGCUGGCUUUGUCCCCAAGGGUUGGAUUGGAACGAAGGUGCACUGCAACAGUAUCAUUCAUUCGGUCGAUAUCUGUCAUGCGCUGUGGACGGAAGCCGAUUUCAAUAACUGGGAAUAUCUGCUCAUGGAGGCUUUCAAGAAUAGAGGCUUCAAAGACUUUUGGUAUGACUAUUCCAAGUGGAAUUCUAAGAGAGCAGGAGAAUAUAGGAAUGGAGCGAUCUGA